AUUUGAAUCAAUCCGUAUGCUCAGAAACCUCAGUAAUUUAAAAAGAAACAAAAAUUGUUUUAUAUAAGACAUUUUUCAAGUCAUUACACAUCUCUCCUGACUUCAGGUCCUCCUGGGAAACGUGGCCGGAUGGGCAGAAGAGGCGACCCUGGACCCCCAGGCACACCUGGGCGAGACGGUUACCCGGGUCCACUCGGUCUGGAUGGCAAACCUGGUAUCCCUGGACCUAAAGGAAGCCAGGGUUUGCCAGGACCAAAAGGAGAUAAGGGUGAUCAAGGAGACACCGGGCCAAGGAUGGUCUUUCCUCGUUACGAUCACAGCUACAUCUCGGCCGAUCAGCCCACUUUCCAGAGGCGUAUGCUGAAGGGUGAUCAAGGACAAGCUGGCCCACCUGGACCUCCAGGCCCUCCUGGAGCACCCGGUGCAAGAGGACCCCCAGGAAACACAGGGAAGGAUGGUCCCCGCGGCCCACCUGGAGAACCAGGUGCUCCUGGACAAGAAGGAAUGGAGGGAAAAAGCGGUUUACCAGGAAAACCGGGUGAAGCUGGUGAUCAGGGUUACCCAGGACCACAGGGACCCCCAGGGCCAAAGGGUGAGCAGGGAGAGCCAGGUCCUCAGGGUGACAGAGGAACCGAUGGUCUGCCAGGCUUAAAGGUGAGCGCUGGGUGAAGUUGUUUCUGUUAUGUGUG